CUGGGCGACGUUGCUGCGGGGCGGUCGCGGCGCCGGGCGGGGCCGGCGCGGCUCGGGGCCGCCCGCGGGGCAGAGCCCGGCGCCGCCGCCGGCAGGGUCCGGGAGAAGCCGGGCCCCGCCGCCGCGCUCCCCCCGUGCACACGCACAUCGCACGCUCUGGUCUGCGGACGCCUCCGUCCUCGUCGAAAGCUGUUGCAUCUUUUUUCCCUCUCUUUCCUUCCCCCUCUCGCCCCCCUCUCCCUUCUACGAGAAGAAAACUUGAUUGGAUUUAAUAUAUUUCCGUGGGAUCGGAAGGAACUCCUGCCUGCUGCAUCUGGUUUAGACACCCGACAGAUAAGUUCCAUGUGGAUGGUUUAAUAAACUCUUCUGCAUCCUGGUGAUUCUGUGGUCCAAGUUCAGAAACUGAUUCGAACUCCUAUGGUGUGAACUGGAAGAGGUGCAGCGAUUCGGAAUGUUGGGUUUGAAAGCUCAGGGAAGAAGCAGCAGGGAGAAAAAAGUAACACAGUGUGCCUGAAAAUGACAACAAAGCGGAAUUUGUUUGUGCGGCUGGUGCCAUGCCGCUGUCUGCGUGGAGAGGAAGAAACAGUCACUACUCUUGAUUAUUCUCACUGCAGCCUGGAACAGGUGCCUAAGGAGAUUUUCACUUUUGAAAAGACCUUGGAGGAACUCUAUUUAGAUGCUAAUCAGAUUGAAGAGCUUCCAAAGCAACUUUUUAACUGUCAGUCUCUGCACAAGCUGAGUUUGCCAGACAAUGAUCUAACUACAUUGCCAGCAUCCAUCGCAAAUCUCAUUAAUCUCAGGGAACUGGAUGUCAGCAAGAAUGGCAUACAGGAGUUUCCAGAAAAUAUAAAAAACUGUAAAGUCUUGACAGUUGUUGAGGCCAGCGUAAACCCAAUUUCAAAACUUCCAGAUGGAUUUUCCCAACUGUUAAACCUAACGCAGCUGUACCUGAAUGAUGCUUUUCUUGAGUUUUUGCCAGCCAACUUUGGCAGAUUAACUAAACUCCAGAUACUGGAACUUAGAGAAAACCAGUUAAAAAUAUUGCCAAAAACCAUGUCCAGACUGACUCAGCUGGAGAGACUGGACUUAGGAAGUAAUGAAUUCACAGAAGUGCCUGAAGUACUUGAACAACUGAGCGGGUUAAAGGAAUUUUGGAUGGAUGGUAAUAGACUAACACUUAUCCCAGGGUUCAUAGGUACUUUGAAACAGCUGACCUACUUGGAUGUUUCUAAAAACAACAUUGAAGUAGUUGAAGAAGGUAUUUCAGGUUGUGAAAGCCUACAAGACCUACUGUUAUCCAGUAAUUCACUUCAGCAACUGCCAGAGUCCAUUGGUUCACUGAAGAAGGUAACAACACUUAAAAUAGAUGAAAACCAGUUAAUUUAUUUGCCGGACUCCAUAGGAGGGUUAAUAUCAGUAGAAGAAGUGGACUGUAGUUUUAAUGAGAUUGAAACAUUGCCUUCAUCUGUUGGGCAACUCUCUAACAUAAGGACAUUUGCUGCAGAUCAUAACUUUUUAACACAGCUGCCACCAGAGAUAGGAAACUGGAAGCAUGUAACAGUGUUGUUUCUGCAUUCUAAUAAGCUUGAAUUUCUCCCUGAAGAAAUGGGUGAUAUGCAGAAAUUAAAAGUCAUCAAUCUGAGUGACAAUAGACUGAAGAAUUUGCCCUUUACCUUUACAAAACUGCAGCAGCUCACUGCUAUGUGGCUGUCAGACAAUCAGUCUAAACCGCUUAUCCCUCUUCAAAAAGAAGCUGACCCUGACACACAGAAAACAGUGCUUACCAAUUACAUGUUCCCCCAGCAACCAAGGACUGAGGAUGUUAUGUUCAUAUCUGAUAAUGAAAGCUUCAAUCCAUCUUUGUGGGAGGAACAGAGGAAACAGCGUGCUCAGGUGGCUUUUGAAUGUGAUGAAGACAAAGAUGAAAGGGAGGCACCACCUCGGGAGGGCAACCUGAAGAGAUAUCCAACUCCAUAUCCUGAUGAACUGAAGAAUAUGGUCAAAACAGUCCAGACGAUUGUACAUAGACUAAAGGAUGAAGAAUCUACUGAAGACACUGCCAAGGAGUCAAAACGAGAAGGCCAAGCAGUUUCUGUAAAAGAUGUGGGGGUAAAGACUUCAGAAAUUGCUGCAGUAAAAAACAAAGCAGAUGAGAGAAAGCAAUAUUCAGCAGGAAACUCCAUGCAGAAGCCUACUGAACCAGAAGCUGAGCACAGCACUGCAAAUUCACAGAUGACUGCACUUGUUAAAACCUUAAAGAACACAAAAACAAUUGUCAACCAUGAAGACACGCUUGAGCAGGAAUCAGAAGAACUCUCCUCUGAUGAAGAGAUGAAAAUGGCAGAAAUGCGGCCACCGCUGAUAGAAACCUCCAUGAACCAACCAAAAGUGGUAGCUCUUAGCAAUAACAAAAAAGAUGAUUUAAAAGAUGCUGAUUCCUUAUCAGAUGAAGCUACCCACAAUAGCAAUCAGAAUAACAGCAACUGUUCCUCUCCUUCUCGAAUGUCGGAUUCCGUUUCCUUAAAUACUGAUAGUAGCCAAGAUAUUUCUCUCUGUUCUCCAGACAAAGAAACACAUGCAGCUGUUUUAUCCAAAAUCAGACGAGAAGAUGAAAAUUUGAAUAAUCUUUUGCAAAAUGGAGGUGAAUUGAGCAUUACAGUAGAAGGAAAAACAAAUGUGCAAGACAAGGUUACAAAUUUGUCUGAAUAUGAAUUAAGCAUUGAAGAAAGACUAGGUCUGAUAGGAAAAGGUGUUGAUCUAAACACUCCUACUGAGGAGUCUCACAAAUUAGACCAAAUAAACAUGAAUAUCAAUAAGCUGGCUAGUGAAGAGGCAGUGCCAGUUCCCAUAGAAAGAUUAAAACCACAGGAAAUAACAUCAGUAAAGGGGUUUUUGAAUAACAAUAUGAAAGAAGAAAACGAGCACUUGGAAAAUGGAAAUAAAUAUCCUGUAAAUAAAGUAAAUGGACAUCCUGAGGAAUCAGUACAGUCUCCUAUCAGAGAUGAAGUAAUGCGAAGCACUACAGUUGAUGGUGAUUCUUCUGCUGAGCUGCCUAUUUCAAAGAGCACUGAAGAUCUGUCCCCACAGAGAAGUGGUCCUGUGGUGAAAUCUCACAGCAUCACCAGUAUGGAUACUGGUGGUCUGAAAAUCUAUGAUAUUGUCAAUGACAACGGACCUCAGCAGCCAAACACAGUGGUUAAAUCAGCAUCUGGUAGUGCAGAUGGAAAAAACAUAGUCAGAAGUAAAUCUGCUACUCUUCUGUAUGACCAGCCUUUGCAAGUUUUUCCUGGAUCAUCGUCAUCAUCUGAUUUAAUAUCUUCUACAAAAACUGUGUUCAAGUUUGACUCAAAUCACAAUCCUGAAGGUGUUAAUGUGGUGAGAGGGUCAGUGGCAAGUGGUGCACAAAUGUUCUGCGCUCCCCAGUAUAAUAUCCAGUACAGCAGCAGCGCAACAGCCAAAGACACCCUGUGGCCCCAGAAACAAAGCACCCAGGUAGAACAAGGCAGCUUACCUCCUUCACGUCUGCUUAGGUCUGACAGCACAGAAACCCCUAGCUAUGUAAAGCAUUCUGCCAAUAUGAAUUUCUCCAAUCAUAACAAUGUUCGAGCCAGUACCACAUAUAACACUCAUCAACGGAUGUCUGGGAGACAUACAGAUAUGUGGGCUAUUGCACCAAAUGAUAGACUGCUCCCAGGAGCAACCAGAAACACUCUUCAAAGGCAGAGCAGUGUAACCUCUACAGCUUCUGUAAAUGUCGGUGAUACUGGACCCUCAAGGCGGGCUCAGCUUCCUGAAGGGGACUACUUAACGUACAGAGAUAUGCAUUCAAUGGGAAGAGCUCCACCAGUAAUGUCUGGGCAUCAGAGACCUCUUUCUGCCAGGACAUACAGCAUUGAUGGUCCAAAUGUACCCCGACCACAGAGUGCUCGACCUUCAGUGAAUGAAAUACCAGAAAGAACUAUGUCAGUUAGUGACUUUAAUUACUCACGGACUAGUCCUUCAAAAAGAUCAAACCCAAGGGUUAACUCUGAGCAUUCUUUAUUAGACCCUCCAGGAAAGAGUAAAGUCCCUCAUGACUGGAGGGAGCAGGUGCUGCGACACAUCGAAGCUAAAAAACUAGAGAAGGUGGAAAAAGCAUUUCAAGAAUUUAAUUUACGGAAAAAGAGCUAUAGGAAAGGUUGAUGUCCAGCAGAAAUGAUUCACGAUGGAUUCCAGCCAAGUAACCGGUAUUUGUAAUCCAUUUGACAAGAUGCAAAGGGGCUUACUUCAGUGAACUAAAACUAGCUGUUUGGUGGAGGGGAAAUGAAAAUGGUACGUGAGACCAUUUGUAAAUGGAAAUUUUGCAUAUGUUCAGGAGAAAAAAUUUGCUUAUCUGUUGCAAAGCAUAUUUUAUUGUGAGAUAGAGAAGAGGGUUUCUUUAAAUGCCAAGCUGCUCUCUAGUGGUUAUGUAUGUAAGCUGUUGGAAAGCAUGCAAUCAAUUCCAGUUCCCCCCAUCUCUUAAAUGAAGUGUGUAGAUGAGCUUUUAAGAACAAUAAUAUUUUUCAUCAGAUUUUCUUUCCAAGUAUGUAAAUUUCCAAAUUUAGUAUGUGAUAUGUCACAGUAGUGUUCUAUCGUAGUCUUGUUGAAAGCUUUCAUUUUAGGAUUUAACUGAAACACUGUCUAUUUAAAGCAUUAGGAUUGCAAAUGUUUUGUUGUGUGGUAGAAGAAUUUUUCAUCUAUAAGCUGCAAUAAUAAAUACCUGCAACAGAGUUAUCUGCAAAUAUCUAUCACAUUUACAUGUGCUAAGUAAGCAGAAAUAGUUGUUGGGUCUGACUCUGUCCUUUCCUUACAUGUGAAUAUUUUCUUUUUUUGUUGUGGAUCUCUUGGGAGUUCAUCAGGUGCGUGCUUGCUUUCAAUUCUAAUUUCAUCUGGAAUUCAAUGCUCUACUUUUUAUCUACCCGUGCUGCUAGAGGACUGCUAAAAGGAACUCUCUUCAAAAUGAUCGACUAUGUCAUUUUGUAAAUAACUCCCUUGUAUUUGGCCUUGACGUUGGAUAAUGCCUUCUGAAUUUUUUUUGAAAAAAACUAUGUGGGCUUUCACAUGCUUAAUAAAAAUUACUGCUGACAAACUAAUUGAAUAAGGUCAGCAGUUGAUAUUCUCCCCUUCUAUUUAAGAAGGAACUAUCAGAGAUGAGGUCAUAAAAUUAAUUCCUUAAAAAUAAAAAAAAAUACAUUUUUAAAAUUUUUUUCUUUACAUGUCUACUAUGGAAAAUAUUUUAACUGCUAUGGCCUCAGAUUUUUUCCAAGUUUGUUUAAAUAUGUUAAGAAAAGUAACUUCAGUCAGUCUGUACACACAUAAAAAAAGUAUUUAAAGCUUCUUAAGAUUAUAGCCUGAAGAAUAUUUUGAUAAGGAUAAAUUAGGGGAAUGCUACCUACUCAGAAGGUGUUAAUUUUAGAUGCUGAUUUCAGUUUCCUUUUGUUUCUCCAUUUGUGAAUGGACGACUGAAGCAUCAUUGUGUUGUAAUGAUAUUUUAUGGAGGCCAGAAAUCAAUGUGUCACAUUUUCAAAACAGUGAAAUUCUUGUGCAUCUUUAAUGUAAACAACAAAGUCCUGACCCUUCAAACAUUUUAUGAGAGUAGAAUAUAAAUUGUAUGAAAUUCUCCAUAUGUAUUUACUCAACAAGAAUGCUGUUGCUUAAUGGAGGCAACAUAUUUGCAGGAUCGGAAACUUAAAUUAGUGCCCACUCCUCUUCAAGUUCCUGUUCUUUGGGAUAAAUUGUUAUUUUAUUAGAAUUCUACAAGAUUUCAAACAAAGCUUUUUUUUUAUUAUUGCUUAAAGUAUUUCUAAAUAAAAGUAUGCAUUUUAAGUAUUUCAGGCAUUUCAAAAUACUUUGAGCAAACUACUUCUGUCCAAAAUUUAUUUUAAGGAUUUUAGAUAGUAGAGGUGGGAAUCGCAAGUCUCUCCUCUCCCUUACCCCCAGAAGCACUUAGAGGAUGUUCAUAUGAAAAUAAGAAGCUUGUGCUAAAACAUAGAUUGUCAUGAAGUACAGCUAUAUGAAACUAGUGUCAGUGACACUUGGAGCUUGCUGCAGAUUCAGGGUAAACUUUUUGUUGUACAUGUGUGGUAGAUUUAGGAACUGUAGCGAUGGUAUGUAUUGUGCAAACACACAACAGGCCUUAAAGAAUUUGCAAUAAAGGUGCCAGUUGUAGAACUGUGGAGCAUAUCGAAAAAGGAGGGGAAAAGGAAAAAGCAAAAUUGAAGUGGUUGCUGUAAUAGUCUCAACCUAGUAACAGUCUCAGCUGUAACCUGAGAUUUAUUUUUGUUUAACAGAAUUAUUGCAAAAUGCAGAGACUCCAACCAAUUAAGAUGGUUAAAUAAGAGUUACUACAGUAUUAUCCAGUGGGAAUUCUCCUAGGUAAAUUCUGCUGUUUAUUCUCUUGCUCUGAAGUAGAUGCUUUUCAUAAGCUCAGUUACAGAAGACACCCUUCUUUAGACUCUAAAAUUGUCAAUUCUCUCACAAGCCAAAAAAUACAGAAUGUGUUCUGCCUCUUAGCAUUCAAAAAGAGUGUAAAUAAGCCCCAAAACUAUGUCACUAGCUGCCUUUGUCUAAACUGACUCCCUUACAGGCUGAUUUUUGACUAUGAGUCCUGGUCUGUAUGCAGAACAUUUUGUUCCUUUGUACAUAGCCAUUUUUGUGAUAUAUUACAGCUUUUAAAACAUAUUCUUCACCACUAACAAGUAACUGAUUUCUAGUAAACGUACAAUUUUGGCAAAAAAUGUGGUGAAACAUGGCAUAUAUAUUGGUUAGUGUAUAUUAGUUAAGAAGUAAGUUUUCAAGCCUCAAAUAUAUGAAUUUGUAGAAUUAUUGUUUUGCAGGCUGUUAUGCUCUAAGGCACUGUAGCAAAGCAGAUGGACAAUGAAGUUGGUGUUUAGAAUUAGUAUGAUAUUUAAUUUGAAGUUUAAAAGAUGCACUUAAUUUUUAAUAGGAGUAAUUUUUUGUGACAUCUGCAUAUUCACAUUUCUGGAAGUGUCUUCUCUGAUGCAGCAAUCUCCAGAAAGCUCCUUAAAAAUGUUCAGCCUUCACUGCACCCAUGAUGAGAUGCGAAGUUAGUGGAUACCAUUCUGUGUCAAGUAUCUCAGUUGCUCCCUUCCAUUAUUUUUAGCUGAAAUAGGUGGAGGAAGAGUAUUUCUAGAUUCAUCACUGGGUAUCUUCUUGGGUUGAAGUUGUAAGAAAGCUUUAGUUAACAAUUUUUAACAGUGUUUGUUUUGCACAGUUCAUACUUGUGGCGUACUUCUAAUAUGGAAAUGCCUAUUCCAAGGCACCGUGCCAGCGUAGAGGAGAAAACUGGUGUUCUCAGUACUUUUCGUGUCUUCCCUACUUCAUUUGUACGGGCCACUGUCCGUACUCGGGAAGAAUAGUCUCUACCAAGAUAGGAGAUUUUUAUAAAACCUUGAAUAAAACUGCCCUCAGGCUGUCGCUGAAGGAUAGUCAGUGAAAUCAUCUUGAAGCUCACUGACCUGAGUUAAGUGAAACCUUACUCCUUGAUGGAUCAGUUCACGUACCUACAAGUUAUAGCAAAGUUCUGUGUCCUAUUUCAGAGCAACUUCGAUGCAGAAAUGAAAGUGUUUGUUGUGCAUCUUUUGGUGGUCAGACUUCCUUUGUGCUAAGGAUUUAAAUUGUCACUAUUCAUUGAACAUGUCUGGCAUGAUUUUCUCAUUGCCUCUGACAAAGUGAAUUCUCAUUAGAUGUGGACUUCCCUUUGGGUCAUCUCUAGAGAGGAGUAGAUCUAAUGGAUUUGUAGAGGUCUCUAUAAUAGAAUGGCUUCUGGAGAGACUUUCAGAAAGUAACUUUCAGUCUGACUGUGCAUUCCUUGUAUUCUUGUCUGUUUUGUUGUCAUUAACAGAAAAUUCAGAGAUAUAGGAGCCCCUGAGAAGAGCUUACCGUACGAAGACUUAUGGGAGUUGCUUGUACAAGUGGGGAAGUAGGCUGUCGGGCUAGUUGUAUAGCGUAUUUUGAGAAGAUGUAGGAAGAUGCCUUGAGGCAGUAAGGAAAAGCGGUGGUAGCAGUUUCACUUGGCUGUUUUGAACCGAAGCUCAGAGGAGCAGUAAGCUCAGAUUGAAUGUUCAGUAAAGAGACUUGAAUGCUGAGUACGGUUUUUCCCUCCCCGACUCCCAGGAGGGGAAAAGCUUCUAGAGACUCAUCUGGAGGCUUGAAAGAUCCAUCGACUAGAGAACAGGGUAGGUUUAUAGAAGGGGAGAGUGAAGCCUCUCGCUGAGUGUUUAGUGAGUGCUCUCCAAAGUGAAGGUAAGCCUUGACCAAGAAAAACCAAGUAGUGUCAGUAAAUACUGUUCUUUGAGGGGGGUCUCCAAGGGCUGGUACCAGGGCAUCUGAGAAGUAUGAAUAUGCAGGGGCAUAUGACUUUCAUUAUUAAACUAGUUGUUUUAGUUUCACAGGAUAAAGCUAGUCUGAAAGAGCAAAACGUCUGCCAGAUGAGUGAGUAGUGAGUAUUUUGAAAAUGAGAAUUGUAUAUGUGGUCAACAGCCAAACCCCAAAAUGCAUUUAUUUGUGUAAGAGUUGUUGAAAUAUCUUUGUCAAAUGAUGUGUGUUGUGAAUUUUUCCAAUUUUUUUUUUACUUUGAAAAAAUUAGGAACUUUAUAAGAACAAAAAGCUUUGUAUUUGCUGGGUUUUGGUGGGUUUUGGUGUAUCUCUUAAUACUAAUAUAUCCCUGUCACCAUGGGUCUGGUCAGCAUUUUAAGAUAGGUCUACUUUAUUUGUCAGGAGGGACAUAGGAGAUUUCCCUUUACUUUUGUACUGUCUUUUUCUUUUGCUUUGUCCUUACAACUACGGAAGUCCAUGGUGGCAAGAUAAUGUGUCUACUGCUUUUUUCUCUAAUACUCUCACCAAUAUUGCAGAUGUCAGUUUCGCAAGGUAAUAUAGCUCAAAAUCAAACCAGUGUCACAUCUGUUCUUGAGCUUAGGUUACCUUUUUGGUUGCCUACAGUCACAGAGGAAUGGCCUCUGAGGUUUCUUACAAGCCUCUCUCUGUUUAAAUGAGGCUUGUUCGCUUCCUUGAAUGGGGUUCUACUGAAAUACCUGGUAGACAUCGACAACAUUGUAUUAAUAACAAGAAAACACAGCUAACUACCCAGAGAUGGGAAUUUGGGGGAAUUUUUAUUUGUACUGUACAAGUAGUAGGGAAAAAUGAGGCAAAACAGUAACAGAAAAUCAAAUAGUUUUCCACAGGUAUGCACCUUGACUGUCAGCUUCUGCUUCUACCAACAUCUCUGAUAGGUUGGAAAUUCAGUCAAAACCUAGAAAUUUAGAUAAGCCGUGCACCUUUGUUGUUUUUCGAGACACACAUACACAUGAAUGGCUUUAUUUACGUGUAACUCUGUAUGUAAACUGUUGGUCGCAUGCUGAUUUACAGUAAAUAAAGGUAAAUAGGGGUCACUGAGUUGCUUUAUAUACAUUACAGUGGCACUGUUCUUUGUUUGCAUGGUAUUUAUCUUGCAUGACAAUGGAAUAUGUCUGUAUUAGUCUAUGUAUAACAUGUCUUGUGGUUUAUGCAUGCUGCACUAAUCUCUGUUAAAUCUGUCCCCUCUUU